AAAAGAAAAAUAUCGCAGAAAGCCCAUCAUCUAGUGGCUAGCUGAUGCCCCACGUCUGAGAGCUAAACUGACGAGGCCCCCACCCAAAGCGGACUACCCAUACCAAUUAUUAACGUAUAAAUUUAAUAAAAUCGCGUCGAACCGCUUCAGUUGGAUUUUUUAAAACGCGACAGAUACAUUUUAGCUAAACGUUCACGAGAGAUACUUCUCACUAGUAUUGUUGUCUUCAGAUAGACACAGAAGUCCCAUAGCUAAGUAAGACUGAAAAUAUACUUGUUCCGAAAAUUACGAUAUAUCGAAGACUCACCAGCGCAACCUGAGUGCAACAAAUUAAUUGACGUGAUUGUGUCUAAAAUUGUUCAGGAAAAUCUAAAGUGAAGUGUAAUAAUUGCAAACAGAUCUAAUUGGGUGUGAAUUCGUACUAUUUUGUAGAAAGAUAUAUCUUAUUUUUUAUCUUGAAAUCUGUUUGUAAAAAGGACUUAAACAUGAAGGUUUUGGUUGGAUUAUUUCUUGCUGUGGCCGUAUGUUCAACAGUUGGUCUGCCAGCACGCGAUCCUAAUGCAGAUGCAGAAUAUGUAACACAAUCACCACCUGUUGAUUAUUUUAAGGAUUUCAGUGGUGUUGUUGAUACUGGAGUGGAUACGCGUGUUAAUCCAUUCGAAGGCAGUGAAGUUGGACCCGAUGGUUUCUUCAAUAAUAUUUCUGAUUUUAUGAGGCGAUUCCGUGAACGUGUUUUCGGUGGCUGGUUUAAUAGCAUUCCAACAUUGAAUAUCGGCGAGUUGGACCCAUCGAAGGGCAAUUCAACAUCAGUUGUAAAGGUCAUUGAUGGACAUCGGGUUGAAAUAAACGACACCGUUUACACCAAAACCGAUGAAGAUGGUAAUGCAAUUUACAAGGUUCGCGUUGUCAACGUUCGACCAUUAGAAGAAGGAGAAACUUACUCAACCAGCACUGAAGGAGGACGAACCAAUCCACCAGAGGACUCAACUCAAGAAACUAAGGAUCGUGAGCCACUUGACAAUGAGGUCGACGGUUACAGUGCAUCGGAGGUAAAGGAUCUUAACAGCUCAUCUAACAACAACCGUGCCUACCACAACUUUUACCUCUUCCACUUCUAUUUUGCACAGAGCACUACUACUUCUACUCAAUUGCACGAUUCACCAACAACAACAGUUAAAUUUUCAUCUGAAGAUGAAGAAAAUUUAGCGGAAACAACCACCCAUAGCCCAAGUGAAUUCGAAGAGGAGAAACUCGAAAGUGAAAAUAUUUUCGAUAAAUCGAAAAAGUCCGAUGACAGUUGGGAGAAGAAAUUGGAAAAGCUGGAGCUAAAAGAUGCAAACAAACCCAGUCCAAUCUCAUCAGAAGAAAGCAAGCCGGCUGAAAUCGAUGCAUCCUUCAAACCCCUUUCAGACAACAAGGUACCAAAGCAACGCUACGUUUCGCCCCUCCACAGUGAAUUUUCAGAUGAAGAUGAAGAGGAGACUGCCUCUUCAAACCUCGACGAACCCACCGCUGAACGUACUGAAUGGGAUAGCUUCCAAGAUUGGCAUACAAAUCACGAAACAAACAGCAUUGACGAUUUCCAAAGUGUCCCAAUUGACCUUUCCAACGAUAUCGAAGUAAAUCAUAUGCUGGCUGACCAAGGAGCUCCCACUAAUCCCGAUGCGGAGGUUUUCGAGGUACCACAACAAAGUUAUUACCAGCCAGCCCCCGCUUUGGAACCAAUCCGACAGCCUUACAGCUGGUAUCCCUACCAGCCCAACCGAUUUUGGCCGAAAAGGAAAUGAACAAUUUAUCAGGCAAUUAUAAUCCCAACCCCUCUGUCCCGCCUUUGAUAAAUACCUUUAUUACGUGCCUAUCCGCUUUCCAUUUGCGCACGAAGUAAUAAUUCCAAAUUACCAGCCACAUCGUACACAUUCGCCAUCGAUAUUGAACUGAUUCACUACCCUUGUGUGCCUUGAAAAAUGAAUUACGUACAUAUUAGAGCUUCUAUAAAUUAACUUGCCAAAGAAAAUUGCAUGUCGGAAGGAUAUCUACUUGCUUAGUGGAUUGAAACUCAAUAGGUUUGGAUUCCAUGAUAUGAAACUGAGAUGAGGAAGUUGGAGUUAUUGCACUGUAAUGGUUCAGACGCUGUUUGCGCUCUGGGAAUAUUUGUUCCUGUGACAUCGACAACAAAAUAAGAUAUCGUAAUUAAAGAUAGCGGACUGUUGGAGCACGAUUAAAACGAAUUUAAAAUCAAUCGACUGAAUUACGCCACCUCAAUCUAAACUUUGAAAUCAAACGCUAAGAAAAGGAGACGUUCCUUCAUUGAAAUUAACUGAAAGUAAUAUAGAUACAAAAUUACCAUAUUAAAUAGAUAUUUUAGGCACUUUUAUGAAAUGCGGUAGCUUAUGUUUUCAGGUGCUGUCGGCGGCGUCAUACUCGUAGGUUACAUAUAAAUGAAAAAUAUUUUGAAGUUGAUAAUUUUUGGAAAACGCUAGUUUAGGCCGUAAGAAAUGUUCACAAAAUGGAACCUUCAAACUUACAUUUUCAGGCAAGUUGCAAUGUGGAAAUUUUCACAGGCAUGUUUUGAGAUCAUCGAAUUCAGAAUACUCUUUCAUCAUUUUUAGCGUAAGUUCCAAGAAAUAACACACUCCAUUGCACUUUUAUAACAUAUGGAAAUAAUUCAUCGAAUUUGUGUUAUUUAUUAUUCUAUUUAUUUAUUGUACGUUUUAUUUAUUGUUUUGUAGUAUAAAGAUAAGAGACGAAAUAAAAUGAUGUAACCGUGUUGCAAUUUUUAUAAAAAAUGAAA